CAACCCAACACCCCACCCUACGCUUGCAUGCAUCUCCCAUCGGACUUGAAAAACCAACCUGCCAAAUUUCUGAUGCAGGCGGUGGUGGCCGGCAGCGACUACGCGGUUCGUGUGGUGGAGGGCAACGAGGACUGCGUGGCGCUUGCCUGGGGCAGGCGGAUGCAGACACGCGGCGGGUGGGGCGCGCAGCACACGGCGCAGAUGACGAUGACGUUGGCGACGGGCGGUGCUGACGCCAGCCCCGGAGGGCAGCAGAGGGCCGCAUGCUUGGGUGAAGAUGACCCCAGGGCGCGGGAGACAGGCGGGGAGGAGGCGAGGCAGCAAGGGAGCGGUGGGACGGCGUGGAGGCGACAAGCGUCACGCGGCAAGGCACGGCGGAGGAAGGCGAGCGGCAUCACCAUGCUGCCCGCACUCACGCCGCUGCCUCGCUACACCGCUUGGAUCGUCGACUCCGACAACGGCGGGCGCGUGGACAUGUACGAGAAGGCGGAGGAGGACGAGGACGAGGAGAGGGCCAAGCGGGCGGCCAUCACCAGCUUCGGCGAGCCGCGGUGCUCCGCCAGGGAGCUCCCCUUCCGCACGUUUGGGGAGUUCGAGGCGAGUCACAGGAGAGGCCCGUUCGAGGGGCGGCCUUUGAGGGACGUGCGCGAGUCAGCCCUGUCGUACGACCGCCUCUUCUGCUGCGUCUGCCGGCGCUUUGACUGUGAGCUGCACGGCAACAGCCUUGCAACCACCUUCAAGGACCUGACAGCGCCAUUCGCCCUCACCACGCUACCCCAACCACCCGCUGCGCCCUGUGGGCCCCACUGCCAUGUGCUGGGCGGCGGCGCAGCGGGGCAGGGGAAGCGGGCGUGGAGCGACGAGGACCGCGUGAUGGCCGCCAUCGCGCUGCCGCUGCUGCAGUACGACUGCUGUCUGCUGGCCAGCACGCUGCAGAGGGGCCUGCGGACCUGCAUUGAGCUGCAUGCGCUCAUGCGCCACCUGCACCAGGAAGGCGUGGCUGAGGGCCGCACCGGAGUGGGUCCCAGCAACCCCAGGCGCCAUGCGUGGUGGCUGGAGGCGGAGAGGGAGAGGGGGGGGGCGGCAGGUGCGGCAGCAACCAGCGCGUCCGUGCGGGCGCUGAUGCAGCAGCGGGGAAGAAUCCAGCCGGGGGAAGUCGAGCCGUACCAUCCAUGCUCGUGCGUGGGGCCGUGCUCCCCAGGCAGCUGUGCGUGCCGCCAGGGAAACAACUUCUGCGAGAAACAGUGCAGGUGCUCCACGGACUGCUGCAACUUCUUUCCCGGCUGUCACUGCCGCGGCCCCUGCACCCUGCUCACGUGCCUAUGCAUGCAGGCUCACCGCGAGUGCGACCCUGACAUCUGCGGGCAGUGCAAGAGCACGGAGCCCGGGUCAUGCCGCAACAUGCAGAUGGCGCUCCGCCACUCCGUGCAGGUUGAGGUGAAGCCGUCAGCGCUGGCGGGGAUGGGAGCAUACCUGCUGGGGAAGGCGCGGCGCGGCGAGCUGGUGGGGGAGUACACGGGCGAGGUGGUGGGGAACGACGAUUCGGGGAGCAAGACGUACGAGUUCGAACUCACCAGCACCGAUGUGUUGGACGCGGAGCACAAGGGCAGCACGCUCAAGUUUGCCAACCACUCGAGGAGCCAUGCCAACUGCUUCUGCAAGGUGGUCAACGUGAGUGGCGUGCCGCGCGUUGGCAUCUUUGCGUUGAGGUCGCUGCGGGCGGGCGAGGAGGUGCUGUACGACUACUGCAGCGCAAACCGCCGCCAGCCGCUGUUCCGCGUCAAGGAGCCGCCCAGGGAGGGGGGGAAGGGGAGCAGUGAUAGCAAGGAGGAGAAUGUGGAGAAGGAAGCGAUCAGACGUCUCAACAGAUUGUGGGGCAGCGAGGACAAGAGCAAUGUGGAUGAGGAAGAGGAGCGACUGCUGCAGGACUUCACGGACGUGCCGCCGCAAGACGUGCACCUCAUGGCCGCCUGGAACCGACUCCUGCGCUCCCUCCACGUGAAACUUCCCGACAAGAACCAUUCGACGGUGGUGAAGGCAUUCGUCUUCUCCGAGUGUGAAUACCUCCAGUUGUCGCCACUCAUGGCCAGCUCUCUCUUCCUCUUCCUGGGCAAGCUCUGGCACUGCCGCCUCAUCAACUCGGGCGACAUCCUGCGCUGCAUGCAUAUCGUGCGCACCGCUGGACAAUGUAAACACGAGACUUGUGUGGGGCUUCACAAUGUAUGCCUGCCUGGAUCGCUGCAGGGCGAGUCACCAGCGGAGGCCUUUGCACACGCCUACAAGAGGAAGCGUGCUCUCUCACCCACUCCAAGUGCGCCCUGACCCACCGCCACCGCCACCGCCAUUACCAGCGGCUGCGGCUGCGGCACAGCAGCGGUGGCACAGCAGCGGCGGCCACCUGCUGCCAGAGGAGCGCCUGCGGCUGCGGCUGGUGGUGAUGUGGCCGGCGCUGGCACCGAGCAUGUGUGUGGGGCGUAGCUCCAGUGGUCCCCCCUGUGGGCCAUACCUCCCAGGGCAGCAAGCAAAGCAACAAGUCGGGGUGACCCCCUGCCUGACAAGGUGUGGUGUGGACCGUCCUUUGUUCCCUCCCCAUGCUGCCACUGCCGGGCCCAGCCCAGCGGAGGACUAAAAUGCAUGGCCCACAGUAGACUCAUUUUAUCAAAGUAGACUGCUUUCUAUGAGAGUCAAAGUGUAUACAACAAAAUAGGCUCAACUAA